AUGAGUCCCGACAUUGUUUCCAUUCUGGAAGAGCUUCUGUUCUUCCUCACUCUUGUGUGCUUUAGCCCCUCGGCGAGCGCAACUGGCGAAGGCACACGCAGAUUGGUGAAGCGCGCCAGGCCGGACUCAAGGGCCGCAGCAGCGCUUCUGAUCUGCAGCUUGGUUUUGGGAUGGUACAGUGUAUCAAUUACUCUGGUGCUGCUGAACAAAUGGGUCAUGAAGUCUUGGAGAGGCGGCCUCAACUUUCCACUCUUCUACACCAUGAGUCACAUGGUCUUGAAAGGUUUCUUCUCCUUUCUCUACUUGGUGAUGAGCUGUCAUCCUCCCGGCAAGCAGAGGCGGUCGGUUUGCUGCGGGGUGUCCCUAGUCGGCGUGAUGACGGCACUGGAUGUGGCAGCAUCCAACAUGAGCUUUCUGUUCAUCACUGUUGCCUUCUACACGAUGUUGAAGUCUGCCUCGUUGAUCUUCAUCCUGGUCUUGGGUGCAGUUCUGCGCAUCGAGAAAUGCUCUGCCGGAAUUGCAGCCACGGUCGUUCUGAUUUCAAUCGGAAUCUUCAUUACAUCCUACGGGGAGACAGACUUUGACAUCCGGGGCUUCUGGCUGGUGCUCGGCUCCGAGGUCUUCGCUGCCUUGCGCUGGCUUGCGACGCAGAAGACCCUCCAAUCCAGCGGCUUAUCUGCUAUGCAGACGGUUUUCUACAUGUCACCUGCGUCGUCACUGACGCUAGCGCCUUUUGUGUUGGCACGAGAGAGGGAGAAGCUGCAUGUGUUGGCAGAGCCCGAUGCGGCUGGCCAGUACUUCCUCCUUGCGCUCUUCCUGUUGCGCCCAACCGGCGCACAGUACCCGGCUAUCGUUCCUGAAGAGGUUUGGUGCCAGGUGCCAAACUAUCGGUACUACCGCUGGACUGCGACAAAGGCUCGUGGCUAUGCGGCGACCGACAGCUUUACUUGCUCCGAUGCUUUGAAGCCAGACGGCUGCUUCUGUUUGGACUAUACUGAAUGCAGGUCCGGAUAUUGCAUCCCAGACAACAUGGGCGCGACAUACUGCACCUUUCCCAUCUUUCAGAUUGCUGAGAUCGAGUUCUGGAGGCAUGGCCAGCCCAUCACGACGCAGAAGGCACCUGAUGGGCACUACGAUGCCUACAGAAUCGUGAAUGCCAUGGAUGUUCCUCAGACGUGGGGAGUUUGGGAAUUGGAGUUCUAUAAUGAUACAAACUGCACGGUUGCUCUCACGAAUGGUACAGCUAUAGCUUCCUCGAGCCUUCCUCGAGGGUUUGGGCAUUCCAUCGACCACACGGCACCAAUGGGUGCACAUGACACACCUCGGACAUAUUGGCAGUCCCGGCCAUUUGCAGAUCCGAUGAUGUUUGAUUUGCAUGGGCCUGCUGCAUAUGCGUUUGAUGCCAAUGUCACGACCAACUGGUGGGCAGACUGUCGAAACCCAUGCCGCGCAGGCACGCAAUGGAUAGGCCUUAACUUCUCUUCUGCAACAACAGCCAAGUGUGUGCGAAUUCUUCAAGACAAGGAUCAGGAGUAUGCCUCUUUUAGUCUUGCACUUGAAGGCCAUUUUGCAGGCAACUGGACAAGAAUAACAACAUUCAAUGCCGGAACGCGCGCUUACGGCGGAGUGUGGGAGGAGCUCUCUGUACCGCAGGGUGUUGCAUUUGUCUCAAGCGUGACGCAUGCGAGGGCUCUAGAUAGCAAUCUCAACUCAUCAGUAGCUGAACUGAUUGGCACUCAGCUGGAGUUCGAUUUUGGUGUUGAAACCGAAAUCGACGCAUUCCGCUGGGCAACGGCAAGGGAGCCAGGAGAUCGAAAUUUCGGGAAACAUGAUGGGCGCACCUGCGACUACGAUGGCCUUUGCCCCCGAGAUGCUGUGCAGUGGACACUGGAAGGCUCACUGAAUCGAAGCGCAUGGGUUACUUUACAGUCUCAAACUGUAGACUUCCCAACCCCACUUUACCGGAAAACCUUUGUCGACCUGCUCCCAGUACAUCACCGAGUGUCCCUGACCAUCGAAGAUAUCUGGCCAGACGGUCGGGGACAGUGUGCUGCACGGCGAUGA